UUUCUCACCCUGCGUCUUCCCAUUUCUACUCCUUUUGGUUGUCUACUAGCAGCACCAGCAGCACAUUAUUUACUGCUUACUUGAACCUUCCUUCUUGCAGCUGCCAACCAUAGCCAUAUUUAUAUACUCCUACCAGCGGUCAUGCCUUCCAUGUCACAGUUCGAAGCUUUUCUUGAGAAGCACUCAGAUUGCUGCCGUUUGAGGCUGUGCAAACAGAAGUCAUCCAUGAGAAUUAUGUCUUCAUCUUCUUCUUCUUAUUCUUUUUGUUGAUGGGAGACCAGGUGAGACCUUCCCCUGCAUCAGACUGAUGAACAUGAGAGGGCUAAACACCGCAUCUCCCAACCUCGCAGAAGGACGGUAUUCAUCGGCUAUAAGUGAUGAAACAAGCAAACGAAAGAUGAGGUGCAGAGAUUCCAGGGAAGGAGACAGGUACAGGGUCAUGUUUUCGGGUUGGAGCUCAGGCUGCAAGUUCCACUCAUUGAAACUGGCCCUGUUUGUGAUGACAUGUUGUGCGGCCUUAACCCUUCUCCACUGCCCAGCAGCACAUAAUGAGCAGCUCCUGCAGUCCAGUUCUAGGUCCAGAUUUGCAGAUGUUGGGCGGAUUUGGCAGAAGAAACUCUCGGAUCCUCGAUACUUGUCCGACUUGGAUGUUGAUUGGCGACAAGUAUCGGAUGUUCUCCGAAGCGUAGAUGGCAGAGAAGGAAGUCUCAGGAUUGGCUUGCUCAACUUCAAUGUCACGGAGAUCGGCGUGUGGAGGCGGACGAUGCCAAAUGCAGAGCUUUCUGUCGUGCAGCUGGACUACGCAGACGCGAGCAUCACUUGGGAUGUUCUCUACCCCGAAUGGAUCGAUGAGGAAGAAGAAGACGAAGUGCCUACUUGUCCAUCUCUGCCUCAGGCACGACUAAAGAAAGGAUCAAGGUUCGAUGUUGUCGCCGUGAAGCUGCCCUGCCGCAGGUCGAAGAGCUGGGCCAGAGACGUCGCGAGGCUGCACUUGCAGCUCUCGGCAGCCAAGCUCGCGGUAGCUUCUGCAGGAGGAGCCUCCGCUGUCCAUGUGCUCCUCCUCACCGAGUGCUUCCCGAUCCCCAACCUGUUCAGCUGCAAAAGCCUCGUCGGAAGAGAAGGCAAUGCUUGGCUGUACAAGCCUGACGUACCGGCGUUGCAGGAGAAGCUCCAGCUUCCGGUCGGGUCGUGCGAACUCGCGGUUCCACUGAAACCAGCAGUGCGGCCGCAAGCAGGAGGUCGAGGAACUCGAGAAGCUUAUGCCACGAUACUGCACUCUGUGGAGGUAUACGCCUGCGGGGCGAUCGCCGUGGCUCGGAGCAUCCGCUUGGCGGGGUCGACGAGGGACCUCGUCGUACUGGUGGAUGAGUCGAUCAGCGGCCGUCACCGGAGCGGUCUCGAAGCUGCAGGGUGGAAGGUCCGAACCAUCCGACGGAUCCGAAACCCCAAGGCCGAGAAGAACGCCUACAACGAGUGGAACUACAGCAAGUUCCGGCUGUGGCAGCUCACCGACUACGACAAGAUCAUCUUCAUCGACGCCGACCUGCUCGUCCUGAGGAACAUCGACUUCCUGUUCGGGAUGCCGGAGGUGUCCGCGACGGGGAACAACGCCACCAUCUUCAACUCCGGCGUGAUGGUGAUCGAACCCUGCAACUUCACCUUCCAACUGCUGAUGGCUCACAUCGACGAUAUCACGUCGUACAACGGGGGCGACCAGGGCUACCUCAACGAGAUCUUCACGUGGUGGCACCGCAUCCCCAGGCACAUGAACUUCCUGAAGCACUUCUGGGAGGGCGACAGCGAGAGGGUGAGGGCAAAGAAGACGGCACUGUUCGCGGCCGAGACGCCCGGCCUCUACGUCCUGCACUACCUGGGGGUGAAGCCAUGGAUGUGCUUCCGGGACUUCGACUGCAACUGGAACUCCGUCACCUACCGGAGCUUCGCCAGCGACGAGGCGCACGCCACGUGGUGGAAGGUGCACGACAGCAUGCCGGAGAGCCUUCAGAGCUUCUGCCUGCUGUCCACGCUGACGAAGGCUGGGCUGGAGUACGCUCGGCGGGAGGCGGAGAAGGCGAACUUCCCCGACCGUCACUGGAGGCGCAACGUGACGGACCCAAGACGCCAUGUGUGCUUCGAGAAAUUCUGCCGGUGGGAGGCCAUGUUGCUUCACUGGGACGAGCCGCACGCAUCAAUCACCGUCUAAGAGCCAUUACCACGAGCUCCGCGGCGGAUCCCCGCAAAAGAACCUCCGCGUACGACUCUGUCGAGGUUUACAGAGAGUAGUACAUGGAGGAGACAGAGCAAGCUUUAACUUGCAGAAAAGCUAUAUAUUUAUACUGCACAAUGUAGGCAACAAAAUGCCAGAAGAAUAAGUGCAUCCUAAAACAUGCAAUAAGGACAUGUUGACAUAGUUACUUAAUCUUGUAUCAACUUUGCAUA